UUAUUUCUCUCCUCCCCAAACUAGUAAUUUUCAUUUCUUCGUUCCCAAUUUUCCCUCUCAUUUCUUUCAUUUCAAUCUCCGUCGGGAAAAAGCCCUGAAUCUUCGGUUCAUCCUUAGUUCUGCAGCUAACCCGUGCCUUUUUGCUUAUAAUUUAUCUCUCCCAUCUCUGAAAAUUAAACUGCAGCGGCGGAAACCUGUGGUUUGGUUUGCUCAACGGAAGGCUGAUAACAACUGAUAUGAACUUCAGCAGCGGCAUCUUUUUGGAUUAUUAAACUUGAGGAAAGUUGUCUCAAGUCAUUUUUGCACCCAGAUACACUUCUCCAAAUUGAGGAUGCAAAACAAGAAGAAAGGUGGUGGACGAACUGCUGGCUCCACUCCAAAAGCUUCAAGACUCCAGAAAAAGGUAUCUGACAACGUGCUGGUUCAAGCAGAGAAAGUUGCAGAGCUAAUUACUUCUUCUACAAGGAAGCAAAAAACUGCUAGAAAGCUCCCGGAAAACACAGAGUUGUUUGCUGCUGCAACAAAUUUGGAUACUACACUAGGUUUGGUGAAUGAUGACAAUUUCACUGCUUGUUUAGGCCAUGAUGACAAGAAAAAGGGUUUUGAUGAUGUAGCAGUUCAUCAAGUGGUUGAUACUAUAUUUUCUCCUGGCUUCCAUAUUUCAAGAAGCAUUGGAGGGGAAAUUGCAAAUGCAGACUUCUUCAAGUUUUUCCAGCAUGGAGGACAGCAUUUCCAGGACCAUGGGAAAGAAAACCUGCAGGUUGAUUUGCUAAAUGCACAUGUGAUUCAAGGGAAGAGUUUUGAUCAGGAUGCAGUCACUUCAAUGAAUCUUACUUGCCCAGACUUUGGAGGUGCUCUACCAUCAGAAAUUUCUUCAGUUUAUCUUUCCAUGAAAAAUUCAAAUUUGGAAUGUGUUGAUGAAUAUAAUCAAGAACAGUUGUCUGCCGAUAUAUGUUAUGAUGAUGAGGAAGUUGAAGACUUUGAUGACUUUGAUCCAUACUUUUUUGUAAAGAAUUUGCCAGACCUGCAUUCUGUUGUCCCAAAAUUUCGGCCUAUGCUAUUGCCCAAGCAGACACGGAGUUGCCCUUCAACCACUCUUGUGUUAGACUUGGAUGAGACCUUGGUGCACUCCACACUUGAACCUUGUGAUGAUGCAGAUUUUACCUUUUCUGUUGAUUUCAACCUGAAGAAGCAUACUGUCUAUGUUAGGUGCCGUCCUCAUCUAAGAGAUUUCAUGGAUAGGGUAUCGGGCCUUUUUGAAAUUAUCAUUUUCACAGCCAGCCAGAGCAUUUAUGCUGAGCAGCUUCUGAACGUACUAGACCCAAAGAGGAAAAUAUUUCGCCACCGUGUUUUCCGUGAGUCCUGUGUGCUUGUUGAUGGAAAUUAUCUCAAAGAUCUGUCAGUUCUUGGGCGUGACUUAGCACAUGUGAUUAUUAUUGAUAACUCUCCCCAGGCAUUUGGGUUUCAGAUAGACAAUGGAAUACCAAUAGAGAGCUGGUUUGAUGAUCGUUCUGAUACAGAGUUAAUUUCAUUGCUUCCAUUCUUGGAAAGUUUAGUUGCAGUUGACGAUGUAAGGCCAUUGAUUGCUGAGAAAUUCAACCUUAGAGAGAAAAUAGCUGCAGCAGUUUGUCCUUUAAACUCGAAUAGAGGAGACCCACUUGAAAGAUGAGCACAUAGAUCUGUGUAGAAGGUAUGUCUGAAGAGGAAAUGACAUGAACGAGCAUGUAGAAUGAUGUUCUUGAAACAGCAUCAGUGUGGUCCAGAGAAGAGGACACAUCCUUCCUACGGCCAUUGUCCAUUUCUUGUCCCAAGUACAAGAGAUUCACUCUUGGACUCAGGUUAGUAUUUUUUUUUUUUAACCCUCUCUCCCUUUUACAAUAACUAUCUGCCGUUUAAUUAGGAAUUAGACUAGAUGUUUGUCCGGAAUUAAGUAGAAAAUUAAGUCAAAGAUGAUAGGGAUGCUUGUUUAAAGUUUUAAAUCAAGGAAUAAGUUAUGCUUCUUGUGAUGGCAUUCUGUUGGAAAAUUACAAUGUUCAGCCUGGCAGUUUUGCCAGACACAUUUCCUUUAGUUACAGCAAACAUUAUCUGGCAUUUUGGA